GAAAUCCUACAAAUCCAGGAUCAGAAUAAUUAAUACAGACUUAAGCAGCGUUGUUUAUUUUGAGGCUUUAUGAUUUAGUUUUUUAUGUUUUCUUCAAAUGAUGGUUGAGAUAUUUAAAGUGUCAAACUCUGCUGCACAGAGCUGAUCUUUAAAUAAAGUUCAUUUAACAUCUCUGUGGGUUGAAGAUAAUUUUCUAUGAGUGUUUGAAUAUUCUUGAGUUCAACAUUAUUCUAAAUUCGGGUGCAGAAAGAGUAAAUCUUCAAGUUGUGAUUGGAGGCCCAGUGAGGAAUCACGUGGUUUGGGUCGCUGACAGUAUAAACCCUUGGAGCCGGGUGCGCACGUGGGUGACGCUGCAGGGCCAGCCCUCUUCGGGGUCCCUUUUGUUGAAGCAUCAAACAUAAGCACCUUUGGGAGUCCCGAGGGGCUCAGAUGAGAAUCAGCGAUCAUCUUGUUCACGGAGCGAUCACUGAUCAGCGCAGCAGCCAUGUCGAGGUCUUUCUACGUCGAUUCUUUAAUAAUCAAGGACACGGUGCGACCCGGACCGCCCGAGCAUCCAGGGCAAGACUUCCUCAUUCCCAUCAGCAUGCACUCUCCCAGCGUGAUGACGGUCUCGGCUCCGAUGUGCCCUUCCAGGAAAACCGGGACUUUCUGUGUUUGCCCGCUGUGCGUCACGUCCCACAUCCACUCGUCCCGGGGCGGCAUCCCCAUGCUGAAGAGCCAGUUUCCAGGAGCAGAGGCGCAGUACUGUCAGAGGAUAACGCAUCAGCAGUCUCCUGCGCUCGCGCACCCUGGACAUACACCUGUCUGCACGCCCACCUUCAGCGUCACAGAUCCCAGGAGAUACCACUGUCUCUCUAUUGGCGCAUCCGAGAGCAGCCACAUACAGAAUGGAAAGAGGAUGCGCACAGCUUUCACAAGCACCCAACUUCUGGAACUUGAAAGAGAAUUUUCCACGAACAUGUAUCUAUCCAGACUCAGAAGAAUCGAAAUCGCCACGUAUUUGAACCUGUCAGAGAAACAGGUGAAAAUCUGGUUUCAGAACCGCAGAGUGAAGCACAAGAAGGAGGGCAAAGCCACCCAGAGGAGCGCGCACAACGGGUGCAAGUGUACAACCAGCCACACGGACUAUUCCCGAUCAGAGGAUGAGGAGUCUCUGUCUCCGGCCUCUGCCUCCGAGGAAAAGGAGGUUUCACCCAUCUGAAAGAUCCCAAAGUCCCUCUUACCCUGUUGGCACUUACUCUGCCCUGCCACCGCUCUGGGUUACGGCACCACGAGACCUCUGGCCCAAAAACUCCCCCGCAUGACGUCCGAGCAGAAGUGUUAUUUUCAUGUUUCCUACUUUUAUACUGCUGUGAAAAUGUGAAAACAUGUUGAACACUGUCAUUAAAUAUUUAGAAAGCCAUCCUCCUGUUUCCCUGCUGAUGUAUUUUGAUCCCUUCAGGGUCUCACAGACUCUCUCUCACACACACACACACACUCAGGUCUGGUUGACGUCCCCAGUAAUUGUUCUGAAUUAUUGCCCAAUGUUACGUCACUGUCUGUGUUGGCCAACCUGUGAGGAACCUGAACGCACCAAUUUGUAAACUAUGUAUAUCUGUAUUUAUUGUAAUAAA